AUGAAACGAUCAUUUAGUGAACAGUCUGAGCCUCGAACACCGCUCGCUGAAGUUCAAAGCAAUGGUGACUCUCGCAACAACAUCUUACAGAACACAAACACCAGGCAAGCUCCAUGGAAGCAGCAAACAUCGGCAGCCUCGAAACCUUCAGGCAAUGCUGUAACGCAUUACUGGAGCCACAGGCUAUAUAAGACUGAAGAGGGGAAACCGAUCAUGGUCCAUUACUGCAAUUCUCGAGCCACGGCCGAAAAGGUGGCUCAAUUCUUCGUUAACGAGCCCGUGUUAGGGUUUGACAUGGAAUGGCAAGCUGGUGCUACUACGCACUGUAGCAUCCAGGAAAAUUUAUCCACUAUCCAACUUGCCAGCCGGAACAAAAUCGCACUUUUUCACAUAGCACGCUUUAGGCCGAAUUUGAGUCUAGACCACCUCGUGCCACCAACACUCAAAACUAUCCUGGAAAACUCGGAUAUCACGAAAACAGGAGUGAACAUCAAGGGUGACUGCACGCGUCUGCGGAAGUACCUCCAAAUCAACGCCCGGGGUACCUUUGAGCUGAGCCAUUUGUAUAAGCUCAUUAAGUACUGCCGAACCAACCCCCAGCUUAUUAACAAGUAUCGCGUCAGUUUGGCCGACCAGGUCGUAGAACACUUGGGGCUUCCAUUAGCGAAAGAACUCGACGUGCGGUGCAGUAACUGGCAAAAGCCCAUCACGGCCCAGCAAGCUCAUUAUGCUGCCGCUGACGCCUAUGCCGGCUAUCAGCUUUUCGUGGUCAUGGAUGCGAAGCGAAAAGCUAUAAAUCCGGCGCCACCGCUCCCUUAUCAUGACGAACUAAAUCUCGCAAUACGGUUGAAAGAGGAGACUGAGCCGGUAAAGGACAUCGACCCUGGUGAACUAUACGCCGCGGAGUUUACGACCAUGAAGAAAGCUAGGAAGCCCAGGCAGACACGGACAAAGGACUUCGAACCGACAGCGGGCCUCGAUUUGAUUGAUAUGGUACCCGAAUCUGCAGAGACAAAGCCUAGGGCGUCCAAAAAGCGCAUUCAGACCUUCAAGUAUGCCGACGACCCUUCAUUCCAGAUAGUCAAGGGGGCUGGGAAGCCCAGGAAGCGUAACCAGUCCGUUGAAUCCGACGAUGAGUCCGAUUUCGAGACUAUGGAGAGCCCCGAGCAUCCUGCGAGGCGUGCUCAAAGUACAGUUUCUGCGAUUGAAACUGAGAUCACGCCUGUUAAGAGGAAGGUUGGGAGGCCAAGGAAGAUCGCACCAAGCGUUGACUCUGCGGAUGUUGCCGAUAUACAACCUGUGAAGAGAAAGGUUGGGAGGCCGAGAAAGCGCGCGCUGAGUGUCGACGCUGCCGACGAUCCUCAUGUUAAGCCUGUCAAUAAGCCCGUGGUGACUAGGCGGCGAUCGGCGAGCAUCUAG